CUUUAUUUUACCCUAACGGUUUGGUUUGGGUAUUUUGUACCGGGAGUACCCAAAUUGUACUAAAACCCCGAGAAAUACCAAAACCUGAAAAUAUACCUGAAUACCAAAUACUUGAAAAAACUAUGAAAAUAUCUAAAAAUCUGAAAUUUUACCGGAAAACCCCAAAACUAUAUCCGAAAACUCAAAGCCAAAACUUUUUAAAAAAUCCAUGAUACCAAAAAUACAUAUUUUUUUGUCAUUCGGGUAGUUGAUUGGGUCUCGGGUAAGACCUUGAUUCGAACCGAGAUCCGCAUAUACAAUAUAGAACUGGACCCAAAGCAAACCUUUAUUUUCGGAUCGAUUUUGGUUUGGAUUUUCAGGUUCGGGUAAAAAUGUCGGUAUAAUUAGAAGUCCAGUUUGGAAUGAAAGUCUAUUACGGUAAUAAAAACUUCCUUAUUAAAAAUUCAUAUAAAACAUCCCCUUGAAUUUGUGAUCAUAUUGAAACAAUCAUAUUCAUACAUUUCUAUUUUUUUUUGGGUCAAAGAUUCAUACAUUUCUAUAGUAUAUAUUUUUAGAAGAAAAAAGCAUAGUCAGAAAGUCAAAUGUGUAAAGAGGGGAAAGUCAAAUAGUAUGUUUCUUUUGGGGAUCUUUUUCAUAAAAUUCAAUAAAAAUGGAAAAGUUUGCUUGACAGCUUGUACUAUUUCUUUGUAGUUACUCAAUUUUCUUUCAUUGUAUUCUACCAUAAAUCUUACAUUCCAUUUUUAUUACAUAAUACUAUGUACAUAAAAUAAAAACCAAUUUUAAUAGAUUUAUUUUUGACACAUGUUAAAAUUUCAUGAUGACAAAAUCCAAUUUUUGUAAUAUAAAAAGCUUCCUUCUUCCUUGUAAUAAGACACAUACAUCUUCCUUGUAAUAAGAUACAUACAUCUUCUAGCAUACAUAUUAUCUCUGGCUUUCAUCCAAACCUCUACAAAAGUAAAAUUUCUAAUGUCUAUAGGACAUAUAACCGAGGAUGGAGAUAAAGCUCUCUUUCUGCAGCAAGAAACUUCUGAAAUCAACUCUCCUCUCAUUGAAUUUCCGCCGAGUACUAAUGUUCUUGUUGUCGACUCCAAUCUCAGCACUUUACUUGAUAUGAAAGAAAUCAUGGAACGCUGCGCCUAUCAUGUGACGGCUUAUGCGGACGCGGAAGAAGCUAUUGCGUUUCUGACAAAGUGUAAACAUGAGAUUAAUAUUGUGAUUUGGGAUUAUCAUAUGCCUGGAAUUAAUGGACUCCAAGCUCUCGCAAUCAUUGGUUCAAAGAUGGAUCUUCCUGUAGUAAUUAUGUCUGGUGACGAUCAAACAGAAUCGGUGAUGAACGCAAUGGUACAUGGUGCAUGUCACUAUGUUAUGAAACCCGUUAGAAAAGAGAUCAUAGCCACCAUAUGGCAACACAUUGUACGCAAGAGGAUGAUGUCUAAACCCGGUUUAGUUCCACCUGUUGUGGUUCAUGAUGACUGUUCCAAGCAAGAGAGAGAUGAUUCCGUGACCGUAGACCAAGAUGAUAGUGAGCAGAGCAUCGAUAAGAUAGAAGAGAAAGCAACAAAGAAACGGACAAUGAUAUGUAUAGAAGAAACUCAACCAAUGCAAUCACAUUUGGUUAAGAGUAACGGUUCAGACCAAGACGACGACGAUUCCAGGAGCGUAAGCAAUUACAACAAUGAACAAAAGAUCGAUAAGAAAAAAGAGAGCUAUUUCAAGAGACCGCGGAUGUCGUGGACUGGAGAUCUUCAACAGAAAUUUCUCGAAGCCAUCGAUAUAGUUGGUGGGCCUAAAAAAGCUAGUCCAAAGGUACUUCUCAAAUGCUUGCAUGACAUGAAGAUCGAAGGACUCACUAGAAACAAUGUGUCCAGUCAUCUUCAGAAAUAUCGUCUAAGUCUUGAGGAGAACAAAAUUCCUCAACAGUUUCCAGAGACUGGUUGGUCUAGUUUGAGUAGACCUUCACCUUUCUUAGGUAUGAACAAUGGUUUCAUCGCACCAACGUCCCUUAGGAAUGGUCCAGCUGUUUACCCGGUCCAGGACAAUCAAUAUCAAAAUGGUUACUUGGCAAUGAACAACAACCAGCUCGUGACCAAUAAUAUGCCUGGUUUUCCCUACUUGGACAAUGAUCACCAUCUCCAGCAGCAGCAUCAACAACGACAAUAUCAGCUUUCUAAUCAGGUGAUGAACUGCAUGAUGAGAAAGAAUGAACCUCAACAAGCUUAUAAUGGCAUCGGUUUAACGGAUCUCGAACCAAAUAUUUAUCCAAGUUUGCCGUACGAUCCAAACGAGUUUCUAUUCGAUGGCUACAAUUUCAGUAACUGAUAUGAGCUUCUCUUUAAGACGGUCUUUGUAGGAGAUUAUUUGGUUUCUAGAAAAAUUCAAGAUUGUGAGGGAAUAAUCAAGUGACAUAAGGGAAAACUAGCAUGUCUAGUGCGUUGCAAGAAGUUUAGCUAUUAUUAUAUGAGACUAAUUACAAAGUAUCUGUUACUGGUAAUAUGUAUAUCAGUAAAUCAGGGUAUCAUAUGUAUGAAAUGCUUUUUUUUUUAAUAAACUUUUGAUUUAUGAA